ACUCGGUCUAGAGUUCGUCUCUCAAUGAUUAAUAUUUCACUGGAGGGAUAAUUAUUAAAUCAUCAAUGAAUAGCGAGCACGAAUAUGGACUUUUUAUGACGAUUUUAUUAAGCUUUUGAAGCUUGAAUUUUUUCUUUUGUGUUCUACGGAUGACAGAAAUUGUGGGAACUAAUAGGCUAAUGUAAUUAUGUUUCCAGCAGCACCUCAGAUGUAUUUCGACUUGAUAUUCUGGUGACCCUCAGCGACAUAGUAUUUCUUGGGUCAUCUAAGUUACUUCUCUGUAGUAGCCUAUAGACCUGACCGCAAACAGAAAUACUUAUUUUCUCGUUAUUUGCCUUGUCAAAUAGGAACUUGUUUGUCCUUGUGGUUCGCAGUGUCGCAAUAGCGGAUUUGUUAGUUGUAGAUAUAGUGUGCUAAUGUGCGGGAGGAGAGGAAGGGGCAGCGGUCUUUUGGUUCUCUCACAAACAAACGAGCUCCAGGUCGCAAUCUUAUCCUGAAGCAACUCAAAAUAUUUUUUUUGUCAAACGAAGGGGUAAUGCUUAUCUCAGAUCUGAACAAUGCUUCAAAUAAGAACGUAUCAGUUUUAGGUUAAUCGCUGUAGGCUAUGCGUUUUUUCCCCCUUUUAAAAUAUUGAUGUGAGGAAAACGUAAGAUCAUCUCGUUAAACUUGCUAAACGGGUUGACAUUAUGACCCGUUUGACCCAUAUUGCAUAUUUUGGUGGCUGAUUAUUUUUUCGUAGUGAAAACUAUAAAAAUGUGGACCCGAUCUACACUCAUGUUUCUCUUCGGUGUAUUCUCUGCGAUUAAAGUUCAAUCUGCCCCAGAAGAUGAGCUGUGUCCUCGACAAGAGACCCUUCCUGAUGUUUUGGUCUUGAAAUUAGGAAGCAAUGUUGUGCUUGGCUGCAGAGGCCAUGUCACUGUGGACGAUGUGCCGUUGGCUUCGGCCAGUGUCAUGAAUAAAAAAUACAGAAACAAGCAGAAAGAAGACAUCACUGUCAGCUGGACAUCCAAAAGAGUUUAUGCUAAUGCUACACAAAUAACCGGUAUGAAGGGAGAUGCUACAAGUGGAACAUACCAAAAGACUGGUAUGUAUACCAAAACUAAAGGGGACACGACGGUCACUAUGAAACCCCCUGUAACCAUAAGAAAGGAACAAAGCACUUCUAGACGAGUUUUGCGUGCUGUCAGUCAAACUGCUGGAGGUGAAGAAGAGGCUUUCGGUAUCACCAUGGGGACAGAUCCUGAUCAAGAUGAUUAUGAGGACUAUGAUUAUGAAGAGGAAGGCUCCAGGGUGACACGAGGCAUCAAAAAGCGAACACGCUGGACUCUCAAUGGACGACAAGUGCAUGUUGGUGUGGAAAGGGGUGGGAUUUUAAGACGUCCACAUCUCAGCUGGGCAGAUGCUGGGGAUUACAGCUGCUACAGAGGAGAGAGACUCAUUUCCACAUUCAAAAUCAGAGUCGGGGUGCCUCCAGAGAGCUCCACUGUCCGUUGCUACAGGAAGUUUCACACUAGUAAGGUCCGCUGUGAUUGGACGUCCAAACAUCCGGUAACCCCACGGCCGCUGUGUUACCUACUUCUUAAUAGAGGAUUGUUUGGUAACAUCACUCGUGUGCCUUGUUCAUUCUCCCGGUCCCGCUGUUGGUGUGCUUUCCCUGUGGAGGAGGGUGACAAAGCUCUCCAUGAGACAAAACUGUGUGUGUCUAACACAGCAGGCAGUGCCACAAGCUCUAAACUCAGCUUCAGGCUACACGACAUCAUUAAGCCAGACCCCCCAAACAAUGUGUCGGUGAGACCAGUUGAGGGCCAGGAGCAUAUCCUUAAAGUAUCCUGGUCUUAUCCCAGUUCCUGGAAGCAUGGCUACUAUGUCCUGCAUUUCGAGCUGAGAUACCGACCACAACUCGCCGAGAAUUACCAGACAGUGGUGAUAGAUGACAAGCUAGACAAACAUCAGACCUAUACAAUUUAUGAUGCUCUGCCUCACACUCAGUAUGAAGUGCAGCUUCGGGCCAAGGAUGAGUUUGAUGGUGUCUGGAGUGACUGGACUGAUACUUUCUUGGCAGUCACUUGGUCAGCUCCUGAGACGACUGCUUCCUCUGAGAACAUUACCUUGGAUCCAUUUGAGAUGUUUCCUGAAGGUUCUGAAGGUUCUGGAGGAUCUGGAGAAGACCCUGGUGUAGGAUCAGUAGUAAUAGUUAGAGCUGAUGAUAUCGGAUAUGUUACUGUGUUGCUGAAUGUGUCGUGUGUUUUUGGGCUGUGUUUUCUUGUAGCCCUCACCAUGUUCACAGUCUUUAUCUUCAGGAAUAGGCUGCAUUUUAUGUCCAGAAUAGGAAAACAGACUUUGCCCUUUACGUUCCUCCUUCAUUCCUCUCACCCUCUUCCUGCUCCUGCUGCCUCUGAACAGCUUCCAGAGGAGGGAAAGUUACUGAUGUUGCCUCCCAAGCACAGCCUGCAACACUUCCUUCCUGUUGAAGAAGAGGGCAUUUAUCUGCAUAACAUGGAUUAUUUCCUGUCUCCAGGGACUGAGGGUGGGAAGGACAGACAUGAGUAGACAGACGAAACCUCACUGUAGUAGAUAAACUGCGAUUGAAUAAAGGUCACACACUGUGUCUUUGUUCUAGUUCAAUAACAGUAUAAUGGGUUUGUAAAAAAAAAAAUAAUAAUAAGUUGAGUCUUAUUAUAGACAAAUUCACUAUCCUUUCUUGAUGUUUUUGACUCCUUUCAAAACUAUUUGUAAAUAAGUAUUUUUAAAGCAACUCUACAAAAUGCCUACCAUCUGUUGGGCAGUCUCACAUGUGAAGCUAAAGCACUUUUUAUAAGUCGCUCUGAAUAAGAGUGUCUGCUAAAUGCCUUACUUAUGAUAAUGCUAAUGAUACAGUGUUGAUUUUAACAUUAACAGAUUUGCCCCAUUCACUUGUUAGUGAUUCACUGUUUUUUUUUUUUUUAAGAAAAUUAAAUUUUUGUGGUAAUCAACAUUAUGCCACAUGUAGUUUAACUUAUUGAAUUUGGAAUAAUCCUUUAAAUGUAAAUAAGUGUUUGCCCUGUAAUAAAGCAAAAAGUUGGAAAGUUGGAAAUCACUUGUUGGGAGAAGUUGUGGACUUAUGGAUUAGCGGUGAGCCAUGCAAUAAGAAAAAUCCUUUUCUUCAUUGUGCAUAUCACUAACCACAUGUCAGCUUACUCCAGGGAGACCUUCUCAAAUGUGAAAAUGGCAUACAAUCAUGUUCUACUGCUGAAUAUGCUGAAUUAUAUUGUAUUUCUGUCUGUACAUUGCUUUUUAAAAUGCAUAUUAAAAUACAAAAGUCAAAGGUGACAAUGGAAAGAAAAAUCCUUUCAGGUGGUUGUGUGAGAUAAGGGAGAACAAAGAUCUUAGCAGGAACAAAGGCCCAUGUUAAAACAAAUUUGAACAAAUUUCUUCAAAUAAAGAAAGAAAUCUAUCAAUAAAAUGAAACCGAAACUGA